UUGUGUCAGAAUCUUAUAACCUACAAUUUUAUUAAAAGUUAAAUAAAAUGUUCAAUUUAGCAAGACAACGCUUAAUUCGUGCAGUAAUCAGAGAAGUUAGAAAACCAACAGUUAAAAACAUAAGAUGUUUAAAUACCAUCACUCAAUUGCCAUUGACAACAACACAACAAACUUCUUUAACUCCAUGCAGAUACAAGAGCAACAAAUCCAAGGGUAAGAGCAAACAGCAAUCAGAGAGUGAAGAUGAACCAGACGAACAGGAUUUUGAUGACGAACUCAAUGAUAAGAGCACAAAACUGAUGAAUCUUAAGGUGACUUCCAUGAGAUUGGAUGGUAUACUGAAAUCAGGUUUGGGCAUAUCCAGGAGUAAGGUUGAGGUGAUGUUCUAUGAGAGCAAAAUUCGUUUGAAUGGAGAAAAGGUGCUCAAGAAAGGGGCGACAGUGCAAGAGGGUGAUGAAAUUGAUAUUGUUAAAGGUGUUAACACUGAUAAUCCAAAGUUCUUAACAGUUGGAAGAGUGGAAGUGCUGAAUGCAGCUAAUAAAGAGGAUCAUAUUAGUCUUAAAGUUAGAAGGUAUAAGACUUUAACUAUUGAGAAUUACGCAGAUCCAUGGAAAGGUAGUUAACAUUUGUUUAUUUAGUUAAUUUACC